AUGACGGAUUCGUUCAACGGACAAGCGAUCGACCCGGGCAGGAUUCGUUUUCUCACGUUCAACACCUGGGGAUUAAAAUACAUCGCAAGAUUUAGGAAACAAAGGUUAACAGCGUUAGCAGAAAGAUUAGCCGGUAAUUUGGAUGCAGGAAAUUUUUGGGAUCAGAAUCCGAAUGAUACUAAAGAACAAUACGAUGUUGUUGCAUUGCAAGAAGUUUGGUGUGAUGAGGAUUGGAAUUACAUAGUAGAGAGAUGCAAACACAGGUAUCCAUACUACAGAAGAUUUAAAUCAGGAAUGAUUAGCGGGCCUGGAUUAGCAAUACUAUCGAAGAUACCUAUUGAGUCCACAUUUUUGUAUAGGUUUCCUAUCAACGGCAGACCCAGCGCUUUUUGGCGAGGUGACUGGUACGUGGGGAAAUCUAUUAGUGUCACACUUUUGAAAAGAACAUCACCUGAAUAUCCACCAUUAGCUAUUUUGAAUAGUCACAUGCAUGCGCCUUAUGCUUUGACUGGUGAUGCAGCAUACGAGUGCCAUAGAGCAUGUCAAUCGUGGGAUUUUAGUAAAUUGGUCAAGCUAUAUAAGAAGGCUGGCUACUCUGUUGUUGUGGUAGGUGACUUGAAUUCAAGACCAGGAUCAUUGCCACAUAAAUUUUUAACAAUUGAGGCCGGUCAAGUAGAUUCAUGGGAACAAAAGUUUGGAGUUCAAGAUUUGAAAGAUAUAGCUGCAUUAUCGCCAGCUAACCAAAUCACAUAUGGCGGAACUACAUGUGAUUCUACUUUAAAUACUUGGAGAGCAAGCAGAGGUGCACAUGAAGCAUGUCGUCUAGACUAUGCAUUGAUAGAUUCAAACACACUUCACACAUUGGAUGCAAAAGUUACAUUCACAGAAACUAUUCCAAAUAUAGGAAGCUUUAGUGAUCAUUUCGCAUACAGUAUUCUACUACAGUUAAAAGAUCUCACACAAACGGACCAGAAACCUCAUAUACUCCAGGAAACGGAUCACUCAAUGGCUAAGGAACAGGCGUUAGAGAGAAUUCAAAUGUAUGAUGAUCUAUUGCUAUGCAUUGAUAACUAUAUGGCGACGGCCAAAUGGCAGAAAUUAUGGCGUGGAACCCAUUUUUGGGUAUCCAUUUUCUUCAUUAUCGCAUCCAUGGUGGUGACAACUUUCACAUCAAAUAUAGCAGGUUGGUCUUCAAUUUUCUGGAUCCUGUUCUCUGUAGCCCUUACAGCAUCAGGAUUAAUCGAUGGUUUAAUAUCGCUCUUGUUUGGUAACAAAGAAAUACGUGCUUUACAGGAAGUAUACGAAGAAGUCUCAGAUGCAAAACGUUUCCUAUCAAGUAGUGUAAAUAAUUGA